UGCACUAAUCAGGAGCGCAAUGGCGGGAAAAUCUAACUCCCAUUCCUUCGCCCCCUAGGGUUUAUACACCAUGUUCUAUUAGACUACAACUCAAUUCAAACUAGUUAAAAAAGGUAAACCCUAUCAUUUUUCUCGUAAUCCAAACAUAAAAAAAAAGGAAAAUGCCCACUUACAAGUUACGGGGAAUCGAUGUUGAUUUUCCGUUCGAGGCUUACGAUUGCCAACUAGUUUACAUGGAGAAAGUUAUUGACGCUCUCCAAAAGAGGUGUAAUGCACUUUUGGAGAGUCCUACUGGAACUGGGAAAACAUUAUGUCUUCUCUGUGCCACAUUGGCCUGGAGGAAAAGUUUGGGUGGUUUUUCAACUGGGAGUAGUCAAAGAAAGAGUGAAUUCCAUGGGAGCCAAUCUGACGUAGGACCAUCAGAGUCUCAGUCCAGUAACCAUCCAACCAUAGUGUAUACCUCACGUACUCACAGCCAACUUCGGCAAGUCGUUCAAGAGUUGAGAAGAAGCAAUUACAGGCCCAAGAUGGUAGUUUUGGGAUCUCGAGAGCAAUUGUGCAUACAUGAAGAUGUAAGUUUACUUCGAGGAAAAGCCCAGACAAAUGCCUGCCGUUUCCUUUGCAGAAAGCGUCAGAAGCGUUCAUGCACUCAUUUUUCACGUGUUGCUGAUUAUAUGAAGAGCAAUCCUCAUAUUGGUGAUGAGCCUGUUGACAUAGAGGAUUUGGUGAAUAUUGGAAGAAAAUACGGACCGUGCCCUUAUUAUGUAGCGCGAGAACUCCACAAGACUGUUGAUAUUUUAUUUGCACCUUACAACUAUCUCAUAGAUCGUGAAUAUAGAGGAUCUCUUAAUUUUGAGUGGCACAAUAGCAUACUGAUUUUUGAUGAAGCUCACAACCUUGAAAGCAUAUGUGCUGAUGCAGCCUCUUUUGACUUGUCUUCUGGGCUUCUGACUGCAUGUAUAUCUGAAGCGAAACAUUGUGUUGACCUAGCUGUUGGGAGGCGAGAAGAGUCAAAUGAUAAAUCAGGGAAUCCUGAUAACUUUGCAAUCCUUAGAGCUCUUCUUUUGAAACUUCAGAAGCGAAUUGAUGAAGUUCCCAUUGAAUCCAAGGAACUUGGAUUUACCAAGCCCGGGCCCUACAUUUAUGAACUACUUGCUGAUCUUAAUAUCACACAUGAAACUGCAUCUAAGCUUAUUGAAAUAAUUGAGGAUGCUACUGUGCUACUUGAGGAAGAUAAGAAGCAUGAUGCAAAGGGAAAUGGCUGUAGGCUGGAAAUCAUUGGCAACAUCCUUAAAAGUAUAUACAGAGACAAGGGCAAUGGUCAUGCUGAUUCUUAUCGUGUUCAUGUGCAAGAGACUGAGGCAAAUGCUACAGAAGUCUUCAAAGGUAAGUCAUCCAGGAUACUCAGCUGGUGGUGCUUCAAUCCGGGAAUUGCCAUGCAGGAGUUCUCCGAAAGGGGUGUUGGAUCUAUUAUAUUGACAUCGGGUACAUUAUCUCCCUUGGAUUCAUUCGCACAAGAAUUCAAAUUAGAUUUUCCUAUUCAGUUGGAAAAUCCUCAUGUAAUAUCCUCAAAUCAGAUAUGGGCUGGAGUUGUACCACUUGGUCCAUCAGGUCGUCCCUUCAAUUCAUCUUUCCGAUUUCGUGAUUCUCCAGAAUACAAACAAGAGCUGGGCAAUGCUAUUGUCAAUUUUGCUCGAAUUGUACCUGAUGGACUGCUUGUGUUCUUUCCAUCUUACUACCUUUUGGACCAGUGCAUUAGUUGUUGGAAGAACAUGGGUAAUACAAAUUCAAGUACGAUAUGGGAAAGAAUAUGCAAAUUUAAGAAACCCGUUAUUGAACCCAGACAAUCUUCCCUCUUUCCUAUGGCAAUUGAGGACUAUAUGACUAAACUAAAGGACACCUCCACUUCGGGAGCAGUAUUUUUUGCAGUUUGUCGUGGCAAGGUCAGUGAAGGAUUAGAUUUUGCUGACCAUGCUGGAAGGGCAGUGGUCAUCACUGGGAUGCCAUUUGCCACACGGACAGACCCCAAGGUUCGUCUCAAACGUGAGUACCUGGACCUACAGGCACAAUCACCCAGGGAAGGAUGUAAGAUGAUUAAGUUGUUAUCUGGAGAAGAGUGGUACAAUCAACAAGCAUCAAGAGCUGUAAAUCAGUCAGUCGGACGAGUUAUCCGUCACUGUCAUGAUUAUGGAGCGAUUAUCUUUUGUGAUGAAAGGUUUGCUCAAUCAAGUCGACAGUCUCAAAUAUCAGUCUGGAUACAGCCUCAUAUUAAGUGUUAUUCCAAAUUUGGUGAUGCUGUUUUUACGCUGACUCGUUUCUUCCGAGAUGGAGGAAGCCGUACUCCUGCAAAGCCAGAACUAGCGGACCAGAAAACCCUUGAUCUAAGUCCAAGUUCUACAAAACCAGUUCCCGAUGAGAUAAAAACUGCUCAGGCUCUGGACGAAUCUUACACGGAAAAGCUCUCUGUUUUGUCUACUUCAAUGGAUCUACCUCACUCCAAACACAAACUAUCUUCUCUUUUAGAUGUUAAAAGCAGCAACAACUCGAGCCAUCUCAGAGAUAUUCCUCCCGCCAAUCUUUCAUGUUUCACUCCGUGUAUGGAUUUGAAAAAAUUGAAGCGAUCAAGUGAUCCAAUGAGCAAAGAAAAAAAGUUGUUAAUUACUGGGAGGGGAAAAAUGCAAUAUCAAAAUCAUGAUGUUAUUGGUUUGACUGGUCAUCUUCCAUCAGAUAAACAACAAAGUAAAGAGCAACAACUAUGUUCUAUGAAGAAACGCAAAGCACUACUAAUAGAGCAUGAUAAAAGUUCCAAUGUUAAUGCAUCAGAUGCCCAAAGAUCAGUGCCAAGAGACCUUCCUUUCACAGAUGAUGGAGAUGCAGAGGUGGAUGCUAAGUUUCUAAAUCAUAAAAAGAACGAUGUUCGUGGAAGUGCUGAACAACUUGGUGCAGAGGAAACAAGAGGCUCCGCUUUUCUGAUUCAGGUCAAAGAGAAACUUAGUCCUGCAGAAUACAAAGAUUUUGUGGGUUAUAUGAAGGAAAUAAAGUCGAAAGUGAUAAAUAUUGGUAAUCCUCUGCAAUGCAUUGUGGAGUUAUUUUCAGGAUCUGAGAGGCUUCAUCUUCUUGAAAGGUUCAAGGAAUACGUGCCUGCGAGAUAUCGUUCUUUGUAUAAGCAGUACCUCGAAACCAGUAAAAGAAAUGCCUGAAAAUCAGACGAACUAAACUUAUCUGGUCGAAACAGUAAUUAGACGACGCCAUUUGCCAAUGUGAUGGUUAGAAGUGAAACUUUGAGACUUUAGCAGCAUGAUACUUUCUAGAUCAAGAAUCUUUGAAGAAACAUACAAACAUUAUGGAAGGUUUGUAUGUAAUAAACUGCAACUUUGCACAGCGAUUGGAAGCUUUUGGAUGCAUAACGAAGCAACCAAGUUGCUCAUUUGUGUGUGGAGAACAGAAACUUAUUCAACAUGAAGGUGGUGUUACACAUAGCAAGCAAUCUUCCAUAAUUAUUUGUUGCUACUACUGAGAUUAUGAAGGACUAGACCUGGUGACAGCUAACAUUUUGUACAAAUUGAAAUCAAACCAACUGAAGUAGCAGUGAAACUAAGAAUAUGGCUUGUGGGAGUUUUUAUUCAGUUCCAGAAAAGCACUUUAAAUCCAUGUCUUAACACAGUUAUUCCAUAUAAA